UUCCCUUUUUUUCUUCCCAGGGAAUGGCUUUCACACUUAAAGAGAGGCUGCAGCUGGGAAUUCAUGGCCUCCUGCCUCCCUGCUUCUUGAGCCAAGAUGUUCAGGUUCUCCGUGUCAUGAAAAACUAUGAGAACAAAACGAAUGAUCUAGACAAGUAUAUUGUUCUUAUGACAUUACAAGACAGGAAUGAGAAGCUGUUUUACCGAGUGCUGACCUCCGACAUCGAGAGGUUCAUGCCCAUCGUUUACACCCCAACGGUUGGCCUGGCGUGUCAGCAGUAUGGGUUGGCUUUCAGGAGACCACGGGGGUUGUUUAUCACCAUCCAUGACAAAGGCCAUAUUGCAACAAUGCUAAACUCUUGGCCUGAGGAAAACAUUAAGGCUAUCGUGGUGACAGACGGAGAGAGAAUUCUCGGUUUAGGAGAUCUAGGAAGUUAUGGUAUGGGUAUCCCGGUGGGGAAGCUGGCUUUGUACACCGCUUGUGGAGGAGUUCACCCACAGCAGUGUCUCCCUGUCCUGCUGGAUGUUGGCACAGACAAUGAGGCUCUGCUGAGUGAUCCACUCUAUAUUGGACUGAAACACAAGAGGGUCCGUGGGAAACAAUACGACGAACUGAUUGAUGAGUUUAUGCAGGCGGUUACCAACAAGUACGGUAUGAAUUGCCUAAUCCAGUUUGAAGACUUUGCCAAUGCUAACGCAUUUCGUCUCCUCAACAAGUACCGCAACAGAUACUGUACGUUCAAUGAUGAUAUUCAGGGCACUGCUUCUGUUGCAGUCGCUGGCCUCUUUGCAGCUUUAAGGAUCACAAAGAACAAGCUCUCUGACCAUAAGUUUGUCUUCCAGGGAGCUGGAGAGGCUGCAAUGGGCAUAGCUCACCUCAUCCUCAUGGCCAUGGAAAAGGAAGGAAUUUCACGAGCAGAUGCCAUCAAAAUAUGGAUGGUGGACUCCAAGGGACUGAUAGUCAAGGGCAGGAGCCACCUGAACCAUGAGAAAGAAAUGUUUGCCCAGGACCAUCCCAGUGUGAACACACUAGAAGAGGUUGUGCAGAAAGUGAAGCCGACAGCAAUUAUAGGUGUCGCAGCCAUUGCAGGAGCUUUCACUGAGAAGAUUUUGAAGGACAUGGCAGCUUUCAACGAGAGGCCCAUCGUGUUUGCCCUGAGCAACCCCACGAGUAAAGCAGAGUGCACAGCAGAGCAGUGCUAUCGCCUCACUGAGGGCCGGGGUAUAUUUGCCAGUGGGAGUCCAUUCUCAAAGGUUACCCUGCCCAAUGGUCAGACCUUCUUCCCUGGCCAAGGAAACAACGCCUACGUCUUCCCAGGAGUGGCGCUGGGAGUCAUAGCCUGUGGAGUCCGGCACAUCUCUGAUGACAUCUUCCUCAUCACAGCACAGUCUAUUGCUGCUGAGGUGACAGAGCAGAAUCUUGCAGAGGGAAGACUCUAUCCCCCCUUGAACAGCAUCAGAGAGGUAUCUUUCAAAAUCGCUGUCAAAAUUGUUAACUGGGCCUACAAGCAUGGUCUUGCUUCUUGGUACCCUGAGCCAGCAGACAAAGAAGCCUUUGUGAAACAGCUUGUUUAUAGUCCUGAUUACGAUUCCUUCGUUAUGGAUGAUUACACGUGGCCUGCUGCAGCCAUGCAGACACAAGAUGUAUAAGUUGUUGUGAGAACUGUUUCCUCAUUUUUUCCAUCGGUUCCCAUGGUCCAUAUCACUGCUGAUAUAAAAUGAAUAUUAGGCUUGAGGAAUUAUAAAAAUAAUUGAAUCAAAGUA